AUGACAUUACUUGCCCUUCUUCUGGACUUCCAUGCGGCUAAGAGCGUCGUACUUAUUCUUCUGCGCAAGUUCGAGCGGCGAAUCAACAGGAAGUUUGAGUUCACGGUAACCGUUCAUAAUGAAGACUUCCAGACGGCCUUCGCUUUCCUCGUCAUCAAAUUCCAGAAGGCGACUAUCAUGUCGCCGGGCCACUCAGACAAAAUAUCUCACCCAGGAGGGAGGCCCAACUGA